ACGGCCAGUUAUAAUUUUUGAGCUAAAAGGUAGUCUGAUAGAAUUUGUAAUUAUGCACUAAGAACCAAAGACUGAAACAUAUAUAAAAAACAUAUAUGUGACAAAUGCCUAAUGAAUAAAAGAGAAAGGGAAGAAACCCAGAUAUAAGCGAACCACCGCAACAACAUCCAAAGAAGAAGUCAGUUGCCUAGCGACCAGUGGAAGCGUAAUAGCAGUUAGUAGCUAAGCGUUCGGCUAACAAAAAGUGUUUGUGAACCAAAGAGCUCUUAAAUGCCUCCGAAAAGGCGAGGACCGCUGCAACUCGCACAAAGAGAAGUGGACGAAGUCAAAAGACAGCUUGACAGUCUGGAAAAGAGUGUGAAGAGCCAAAAUGGAUCCAAAGAGGAGGCACUGCAUAGAUGCUACGAGUUGCAAGUUUCUGCAGAAAAGACUCUAAAGGCUCUACAGAAUUUGACAAAGGCUGAUGAGCUGGCUCCAGUGGGAAACUAUGAUCAGAGGAAACUAGAAGAGGAGAGACGUCUGGGAAACAUCUUGGAGCGUCUGGUCACCCUGUCUCUGGAGCUUUCACCACCAGGCCCCAGCACUCAAGCCGGCAAUGCUUCAACAAAAGAUACUGACAACAAUAGUGACGAUGACAGCGACGAUGAUUCUGAAGAAGACAGUGAUGGUAAAGAUGGAGGGGAUGGGAGUACGCCUGAAAAGCCGCCCUCUCAGUCAGCCCCUCAAAUCUACAAGGUCCUCAGCGAUUUCAAAGCAGAGCAGGAAGGAGAUCUGUCUGUUCGGAAAGGAGAAGUGUUGAAGAUAAUUAAAAAGACAGCAGAUGGAUGGUGGCUGGCUCAGGACAACAAAGGGAACAAAGGAGUUGUUCCUAAAACCUAUCUGAAGGUUGGCGUUGGUGUUAACGAUGAGCAUGACGAGGAUUCUGAUGAAGAUGAGGAUUCUGAUGAAGAUGAGGAUGAGGAUGAAGACGAUGACGAAGAUGAUGAAGUCCAGCAGUCGGAACAGGAGGAAGAGGAAGAUGAAGUUGAAGAUGAGGCCGACGAUGGCAACAAAAGCAAAGCGUCUAACUGGUCAACUGUCAGAAAGGCUCUGACGGAGAUUGAUACAACAGAUGUGCUGUCAGCAAUGGGAGCCAUUCCUUCAGGAUUCAGGCCAUCAACUCUCAGUAAACUCCUGGCAGAAGAAGGGGAGCGAUACAGAGGAAGUCACUAUAUUCAACCUGAGCUCAGCCAAUCACAGCUGUCCUUUAAAGAUCUCUUCUUAGACCCAGACACCGGCAGGGUCCGCGCACGCCAGGUCAGGAACUGUGUUUGUUUUAAUUUGUGGAGCUGCAAGAUGAUUCCCACUCCUGGGGUCGGAGUUCAGGUCCUCAGCAGACACAUCCGUAUGUGUGCCUUUGAUGGAACGCAGGUGUUGAGUAACAUCCACACAGUGAGGGCGUCGUACACCUCAAAGAACCCAAAGACAUGGAACUUCUCUCCGAGGAUGACCAGCAUCUUGCCAACUAUCCUGGACGGAGACUGCUUCCUUCGCUGCAACUCUUUGUCUCCGAACAUUGGAGUUCUUUUUGAACUUGGAGUCACUUUUUUGCGAAACUCGACAGGUGAGAGAGGAGACCUGAGCUGUGGUUGGACUUUCCUCAAACUAACUGAUGACAGCGGAAAUCCACUCCAAAACAGAACCUAUGAACUGCCAAUAAAUGGCGGAACGCCCUACGAGAAGAAUGUCAUAUUGGAAGCACCCGUUUCGAGAAGAUCUCCGGGUGGCGUUUUUCAGCAGAUGCUCCAGGCCCGACGGCAGCCCAAACUGAUUGUUAAGUUGAAAUCGGCAAGCAGUCGGACCAGAACGCAACUCAGUCUCCUCCCAGACACUCUGCUGCACUGUCUGAGCUGCGUCCACCUGCUGGUCCUGCACCGCCAGCUGCUGGCCGACACGCUGCUCAUGGACAGACCCACCAUGCAGAACGCAGAUCUUAUAUGCAGUCCAAUACUUUCAACUUUCCCAGAGCUGCUGGACCAGACAGACCUGCUAGAUGCCCUCAGGAGUGCCUGGCUGGAAGCUGAGACCAGUAUGAGCAGAACGCAGAAGAGAGACCUGUCGUACCUGAAGCAGGAGUUUAGUAAAGUCUACAUGUCGUCUGUGUACUUCCUGCUGCACUCGCCCUCUCUGCCCUGCUAUCGCUGGGCCGACCCGCCCUCAGAGGAACAGCGGGCCAGGGUCAUCUACAACACCCUGGAGACUCUGAAAAACUCCCAGCAAGCCACCGGCCAAUCAGCAGCUGCGGGAAUCUUUUUUGACUCCUCUCAUUCACAUCUUGCUUUCGAUGUCGAGGAGUUGACCUUUGAUCUCCUUUCCGCGACUCGGUAGCGAUGACAUCGCCUCCAGGACUGAAACCUCCUGUGAUUGGCUGGGCUGGAUUUAGGAGGAUGCAGCUUUUCUGGGCGGAAGCCAGCUUUUACCCAUGUUAACACAAGUGGACUGAUGGUUAUGAGCACUUUGAUGGGGUUUUUUUAGGCACUGUCCAAAUAAAAAUAAUUUGUUCUAAAACAAUCUGUGUAGUUGUCCCAAAUAUUCUUUAUAAACUAGUGGAAAUUGCUAGAAAUAUCUUACUCCAAAAAUUUUUUAUCCAAAAUGCCAUGACAACCCGUAUGGUGAGGUAAUGCAUAAAAAAUACUUGUGAAGCAUCUGGUUAAAUCUUACCAGGGCGGAGGCAGGGUUAUGACGUCAUAGUUGUAAAUAGUUACCUAUUCUUUACAAUACAAGAAAAUUCAAUAAAGAUAAAAAACGCCUCACCCAAUAUGGGUUUAAAGGUUUAUUCAAGGGAAAAGAAUGUACAGUGUUCACAAAACAUGUAUUAGAUAGAGAAAAAGUUUUUUUUUUUUUUUGAACCCACAAAACUUCAGCGCCCCCAGCUACAGUGAUGUCCCCAAGGAAAGACAGGUAAGGGGCCCCUUUU